AUGGAUGCGAAGGAUAUUUUGGGAUUAUCCAAAACUGCAUUACCAAUACAAGAGAAGAAGUCCAAACCUCCUAAAGAAACUCAAAGAAAACCUGAUGGAAUUUCUCGCGAGGUUUAUGCACUUACGGGCGGAUUAGCACCUCUUAUGCCUUCUGUUGAUGUGAAUCAAUUGAAACGAAAAGCGCAAUCCGAGAAUGAGAAGAUUACAUGGCAAUGGCUUCCUUUUACGAAUUCUGCUAGGAAAGACAACUUGCAGCUUUACCAUUGGGUUAGAGUUGUAAACGGUGUUCCACCUACAGGAGAUUAUUUGUUUGCAAAGUAUAACAAGUUCGUUGAUGUGAUCAAGUACACUGAUGAGGAGUAUGAGAAGUACCUGGUGGAUCCUGCAUGGACCAAAGAAGAGACAGAUCGAUUGUUUGAUAUGUGUGAACGGUUUGAUCUCCGCUUCAUUUAUGAUCUCCGCUUCAUUGUGAUUGCGGAUAGAUUUCCAUCUUCAAAAAAUGUGGAAGAGCUGAAGAAUCGUUUUUACAGUGUAUCUAGAGCUAUCUUGAUUGCGAGGGCUCCAUCUCCUGGUGAUGUUGUUGGGCACCCACUUGUUAAGGAACCUUAUAAUGUUUCUCAAGAAAUUGAACGAAAGCGUGCAUUGUCGAUGGUGCUGUCUCACACGAAGCAGCAGGAGCGCAGAGAUGUUGAGGUUCUUGCUGAAGCGAAGAGAAUAGCUGAGGCCCGGAAGGCUGCAAAGGCUGCAGAAGAGCCAGAGCUGUCAGUCACGGCAGACGCUGGUCAUGAUGCUACUGAUAGGGCUGCUGUUGCUGCUGAAUCUCUCUCUCCUUCUCCAAGCACUCAGUUUCCUUCUGCUACUGUAGCCAAUCCAGUCUCAGAAACUGCUUCAGUUCUGGCUUCUCUUCAUGUGCUGCAAGUGUACUUGAGAUCUUAUGCACUUGAGCAAAUGGUGCAAGCUGCAAGUUCAUCAGCAGGACUUCGGACUAUAAAACGGGUUGAGCAAACUUUACAAGAUCUAGGGGUGAAUUUGAAACCAAAGGUUCCCACCAGGGCCGUAUGUGCUGAGCAUCUUGAACUAAGAAAAGAAAUAUUGACUCUCUUGAGUCUUCAGAAACAGUUGCAAUACAAGGAGGCAGAAGGUUCAUCAUAUCGCGAUGGUUCAUAUGCUGAAACUCCUGGUACUCCACCACCUAAGCGUUUGCAGCAUGCUGCAGAUCUUGAUCGAACAUUUACUCCAGAUCCAUUGAGUUAUGGAGGGGAAAGAAUUGGCAAAAGGGACCAAAAGCGUAAGGGACCUGGAAGAUCAGAAGCUCCAUCAUCUCCAGCCCAGUCGAAAAGACCCCGAAAGUACAAGGCAUCUGAUUGA